UCUCCACCUCGCACUUCAAUCUCCCACACGCACGAACUAACUAACGAGGCCCAUGUGCCGCGCAUGCGACCGCCUUAACCCACUCAUCGAAGCUUAUCUCGAAGGUCAUGCUCAACAACAUAUUGAUCUACCCAUUGUCGGAUACCUGAUACGAGUAUCACGAAAUCUGCAUGAACCGACCAGAAGCUCCCCCGGAGCGGCAAUGAAAUGGCCGGCUUCAAUCCCAUGCCCGUCAUGUCGUCCGGCGCCACUCCAGGCCCGGACACUAUGGCCAUAACGGCUUCGGACAUGGAUGCCUUCAAUGCCUGUAUGGGCUUUGACGACUCGCUGCUCGACCCCGUCCACAUGCCCCACGUACCCUACACUCCCACCGGCUACGACUUCGAAACCUUCAGCACUACCUUCGAAGACCCCUUCUCCUACCCCGCCCGACCCUUCGAAACCAACAGCGGCACCGGCCCAAACCGCAACCACCACCGCGGCGGCGGGGGCGGCGGCGGCAACGGACCACACCACCCGCUCGGCGAGGGCGGCGGCGGCGGCGACCCCAUCCACAGCCACCACGACGUGUACGGGCACAUGGGGGCGACGUCCCCGCAGGACGACGACGACGAAGGGCUGGACAACAAGCUGCUGGGGUUCGGGGCGCCGAUCGCGGGCAAGGCGGCACUGGUCACCGACGCGGGCCACGUGGCGGAGCCGGCCAUGACGGGCGAGCUGUACGGCAUGUUCUUCGUGGCCGAGGACGUCUUCGGCGCCGACAGCAACACCUCGGGCCGCCCGCUCGAGCUGACCUGCUACCGCCGCAACCUGUGGCAGAUCUCGGGCCAGAUCACCCUGCCGCGCCAUGUGGCGCACUAUGUGGAUGACCAGGGGCGCCGGGCGCCGGUGGCCGAGCUGGCGGCGUCGAUUACGGCUGUGGAGAGCAUUGAGGGUCGGGUUGCCGAGAUGAUUACUAUUCCGUGGCGGGGGAGUAAUGCGCCGCUGGGGGCGGAGGAGACGAAAGUGGUGAGCGCGCCGCCGGUGGUGCCGCUUGAUUUUGGUGGUGGCGGGCAGGAGGUGGAUGGCGGGAGCCGCGUGUCGGUGCCGGUGGCGUGGAAGAGGCUGCAGUUCAAGCAUGCCACGGCGAAUAACGGGCGGCGGAAGGGGCUGCAGCAGCAUUACGUGGUGCAGAUCAAUCUGUUGGUCAAGAGCAAGGGCGGGGAAUAUGUCAAGGUGGCCGAGAUUCAGUCGGGGCCGGUGAUUGUCCGCGGGAGGAGCCCGAGGAAUUUCGAUAGCCGGAAGGAGGUGCCGCUGGGGGAUAAGAGGCCGCUGGAAAGGAAGAAUACCGAGGGACCGGGUGGUGGUGCUGGGGUAAAACAGCAGAAACAGGACGAUGGGGAUACGGUCAGGAUGCAGCGGUAUCCCUCGAUGGGCGUACAGCAAUCGCCAUCCGACUGGGCGACGCCCUAUGCUUCCAGCACACCUAACGCUCAACAACAUCCGAGUAAGAAAUUCGCUAUGGCCUCUCCAAACCUAAACCGGCCGCCGGUUCCGUCGUGGGGUACAAUAGAGCCACCAUCGCCGGUUAACUCAAAGCACACUACCACCAAGCCGAACCUAUCAACAACCAAGCAACGCAACAAUAGCGCUACAGGGCCCCAACCACUUCCGAUAAACCUCUCCCUCUCCGAAGACGAGCGGAGCCCCCCAAACCGCGCCAGCCCAAACGACCCCACUCAGAGUCCUCAGCUCACCAAAUCCUCCAUGCUGCUUUCCGGUGGCGGGAAAGGGUUAUCUGUUCCGGGGCAGGGUACUGGCGCCCAAAAUCCGCUGGCAACGGCGCUCGAGACGGAGGAUAUGUUAUACGAGUACUUCCCGCUCAGCGUCGACGACUGGAUGCCGCCCGUCGACGCAAUCUACCGGCCUCACGUCGUUCAUCAUACGAUCGUCCCACCUGAGGUCAAAGCUCAGCAGGUGCGGAGUAAAUCCAAACGGUACUUCGCCGCCGAGUGAUCCUCUCCUUGCGGUGU